AGGCGUUUCGCUCGAAUCGCAGCCCUUGGUACGGCAUACCUCCCGAACAUAGCCGAUAACUGCAAGCGAUUAGCUACUGUACGUUGUCAUCUUAAACUUUGCGUACAAGACGAAUCGUUUUAAUGAGAUCAGAACUUUCUAUAAACUUCAAGCGGCACCUCAGAUACUUCUGCAUUGAUUUGCAAAACUUACGAACUCCUGUGAGAAAACUUCUUCCAGCCUGACCCUGUUGGACUGAUCGCCACGGACUUGGCACAUCCACGCUUUGCUGAUCCUGUUUUUUACGAUCCCUGGCGGUCAAAAAAUGGGAAGCAAGACCCUGGCGGCGCCGGUGCCCCUGCACCCGUCCCUGCAGCUGGCCAACUACGGCCUCCUGCAGGCGUCCGGCGGGCUCCAGCUGCCCGCCGACCACAUCCCCAACAUCUACAGCUUCAGCGCCCUGCACGCCGUGCACCUGCACCAGUGGACGCUGGGGUACCCGCCCGUGGCCCUGCCCCGCUGCACCUUCUCCAAGCUCCCCGCGCUGAUGGACGGGCGCCUGCCUCUGCCCGCCCUGCUGCCCCCCUUCUUCCCCCACCUCGUGCAGCCCGGCAAGCAGGACUCCGCCUCCUCCGGCGGCGGCGGCGGCGGCGGCGGGACGCAGGGGGCCAAGAGGAGCAAGCCCCGCUUCGACUUCGCCAACCUGGCGGUGGCGGCCACCCAGGAGGAGCCGCUGAAGGCGGAGGACCUGAGCUCGCCGGGGCCGGGGCCGGGGCCGGUGCUGGCGCUGGGCUCCCUGCUGGACGCGGCCAAGCUCUCCCCGGAGAGGAAGCCCAGCCGCGGGCGGCUGCCCUCCAAGACCAAGAAGGAGUUCGUCUGCAAGUUCUGCGGCCGCCACUUCACCAAGUCCUACAACCUGCUGAUCCACGAGCGGACGCACACGGACGAGAGGCCGUACACCUGCGACAUCUGCCACAAGGCCUUCCGGCGGCAGGACCACCUGAGGGACCACAGGUACAUCCACUCCAAAGAAAAGCCUUUCAAGUGCCAGGAGUGCGGGAAGGGCUUUUGUCAGUCCCGGACGCUGGCGGUCCACAAAACGCUGCACAUGCAGGUCAAGGAACUAAAACCGUCGAAGAUAAAGUGACACCCCCCCCCAGAUGCAUGCGAGGACAGAAGAGUGACACAGGGUGGACACUGGAACAAAGAGAAAAAUGAGAAACAGAAACGAAAACAACAACAACAACAACAACAACAAAAGGGACAAGAGGAGGGAACGCUAAUACUUCCGAGUGCCUUUGAAGCAGUUUUAGGGUGAAAGUGCGCGCGCGUUUUUUCCCGGAGAGGAGAACUGCCGCGCCGCGCCACGCCACCAACUGCCGGGAGGGAAUGUGGACGGAGUUCAGGAAAUCUAUACCGGUCUGCCUGCCGGAGAAGCAUCGCUUUCCUCAUGAUACUGAUAACUCACAGAGAUUAAACAAAACAGUUUGGACUGAAAAAAAAAAGAACUGAUUUUGACGCUCUGCGAAAGGGGUGUCUUGGACUGAAAUAAAGAUUUUUUUUUUUUAAGCAAUAUAUAUAUAUAUAUAUAUAUUUUUUUUGUUGAAGCACACCAGGACUUCAGAAAAGCAUAUCAGGUCUGCGUGUGUGUGUGUGUGUGUGUGUGUGUGUGUGUGAGAGAGAGAGAAAGAGAGAGUGAGACAGAGAGAUGCAUAGCUCUGUGGGCUCCAGAGUUAAAUGCGGAGAGAGGACCUAUGGAACGUGAAUCCGUGAUUUUGGGGCAUUGUCCCGGAUAUGACAAUCUCACUUUUCAUCUGAACAUCUUGAAAUUGAAGUUUUGAGUCUUGUGCAGUCUGUGUAAUAUAAAAUGAUGACACCCGCGGCAGCAUAACUGUCUUCUCUUACUCACAUUCCAAUGUUUUUUAUUUUUUAUUUUUUUAUUGUGUAUUUUUGUACAGAUUUCUUUUAUGAAAAUGUUAUUUGGCACUUUACUCCGAUUAUUGAAUAUUUACAUAUAUCACUGGAUUCCUUAAACUUAUUUUUAAAAUAAAUAGUCAUUUUCUAAAC